GGUUUGGAAGAACGUGGAGUGUGAAAGAAAAGCGUACAUGCGACCGGUGUCGUUCUGCAUCCGGGCGGCGCCGGGAUGUUUGGUAAAUAGUGUGACUGCGUUUGGAAAAUCUUGAGUGGCUGAAAGAAUGCGAGGAAGAGUAUCUGGAACCGAGCGACUGGACCGCGAGAAAAGCGUGUACGUGACUGCAUGAAUUUUGACUAUGGACGAAAGAUGCGAGUGAGAAGGAUGCAAGGGUAAGAAAGACAGAGUGGGAAUGCGUGGCCGGGUAAUAGUUGAGCGUGACUUUUUCGAGUGAGACACUCGGUGAGAGACAUUUUGAGAGAGAGUUGGCGAGUAACCCUUAGCGAGUCAGCGAGUUAUAUUGAAAUAAAGUGUUCUUCACAUUUUUGUUAUUGUUACCUAGUGAGUGUAUCUUUUCUUUUUAUUUCCCUACCACGGCAACACGUGGGAUUUUUAAUAAAUUAAUCUUACAGUGCUAUAACAAUAUUAUAAACAGUUAAUGGUUUUAAAUAUGUGGCGUUGACGGUUCUUCCACAGAGUAAGCGAAUUUUUUCGAUCAGUUUGAGAAUCGUAGUUACGGAGUCCGAGGGAACUGUCCGAGGCUUUUACAACAGUGUUGAUGAAAAUUUCAGCGUUUGUUCCAUUGAAGUUCGGAAUUAGUGGUAGAAAUUGCUCAUAUAUUUUUGCCACUGUCGGUGUAGAAAGUGUUUCUUCUUUUGAGGGAAUUGGGAGAACUGAAUGUGCGUUCGUAGGUCUCUCCCUUCCCCUUCCUCCGCCCCGUCUCUAAUAUUAUUAAUAACAUUUAAUUAAAGUCACAGUUUAAAUCGAUUAGAAAAUAUUGUUAUUUUUUUAUAGAAUAAAACCCUCCAGAAGAUAGCUUCCUAACGUUAGUCUUUUAUUCUAGUAAUAACAUUCAACCCGAUUCUGCGAAUUAACAAACUCUUAUAAGUGUCCUUUUUAAAAUAAAUACUGCAUAAUCACGAGAUAUAUGAAUUUUGUCAAUCUAUUUUACUAUUUGACUCAUUAUGUGACGUCUCUAUUUACGUUUGUUGUUUCGUAAUUCUGUUCAUAACGUUGAUGAGAUGUGAAACAGAUUAUUUUUUUCACUUACAGCAUAUUCGUUUAUACUUAUAUGAGUAAUUCCACAAUUAUUACACACACACACACGCGCGCUUUCACGCACGCACUCGCGCACACAUAUUUAAAUUCAAUACUUAUCAAAUGACUGAAGUAAAAUGGUAUUUAUUAUUUGAUGCCUAGUUCAAAUAAUUAAAUUGAACUUUCCCUUGAAGUUGUAGUUUAACACAAAUAUUUUUGAUACUAGAGAUUUUUAUAAUUUAAUGCAUCUUAAUCGAAGAAGAGGUUAAUUUAAAAGAUUUCAAAAAUUUACAAGUAAAACUCUUGUCCUGUUUAUGAAUGCUUUUAAUAAGAAGGCUGUGUGCAUAAAUAUUAUUAAGCAUAAAUGGUACAAAAAUUGAUAUCAAAAAGGUUAAAAAUGUUAAAUGUUUCAAUAUCAGAGUUAAUGAUAUUAUUUAGCAGUGUUCUUGUUAUUUUUAUGCUGCUCACUGACAUUUUGGGAUGGACACAACUAUUCUCAUGGUUGGAAAAUGGGUGUAGGUUUCCUAGUUUCUCGUUUGGUUAUUCAGAUCAUAAUGGUCCUCACAUGUGGAAAACACUAUGUUCAGCCAAUAAUGGUAGCAAUCAAUCACCAAUCAACAUUGCAACCCAGUUUGUAGUUGUACAAUCAUCAGAGCCUCUUCAAUGGACUGGUUACAAUAAAGGACCUUUAUCUAUGACUAUAAUGAAUAAUGGAUAUAAUGUGAUAGUGAAUGCAAUGUGGAAUGCAUUAGCUCAACCAUACAUUCGGGGAGGACCACUGACAAGUACUUAUAAUUUUCAUUCGAUGGUUUUCCACUGGGGACAGUCUAAUGAGGAAGGCAGUGAACACACAAUAGAUUAUGUUCGAUAUCCUAUGGAGUUGCAAGUGUAUCACUUAAGACAUGACUUUAAAUCACCCAUGGAUGCCAUUGCAAUUGAAGCAUAUAAUAGCAUGCUAGUUGUAUCAUUCCUUUUUCAAAUCACAAAUGCUGAUAAUCCUUAUUUAGACCACAUUAUAACGAAUUUAUGGCGAAUCCAACAACCAGGAAAGAAGGUUCAUAUCUCACCUUUUCCUUUGGAGUGGUUUUUCUCACCCUUUGAGAAAAAUUAUUACACUUACGGCGGCUCUCUUACGCAGCCGCCCUGUAGUGAAAUAGUCACUUGGAUCUUACACCCUGAACCAAUCGCUGUAUCUUCAUUUCAAGUUGCACAAUUUCGAUCACUUUGUUCAGCGAACGGUCCUAUUCUUCUAAAUUGCAGACCUGUUCAACGGAUAAACAAUCGUAACAUCUAUUUUUACGAAUAACUAAACAAUAUAUAGCUUACAUAAAAUAAAUAAUAAAAUUAUACACGUAUGAAGUAACCACUACUUAUUGAAAUUGAUGGGGUUUAUAUUACUUCUGCAACUAAAAUUAAUAAAAUUCUUAAAACCAUACGUGUAUACAAACUGUUGUUCGCAAUUCAACUUUUAAGAGUAAAUAAGAGAAGAAAUGUAUUACGUUUUAAUGAAAUGUGAAAUUUUAUUGUACCUUAUGAACUGCAUUGAUUUACGAUAAAUAAUUUCAUACUUAAAACACAUUAAGCAUUUUUAACAACGGAAUCAAUCACUCUUAUAAAUAGACGAUUUUAGAAUAUAUUUAAUAUUAAAAUUUUAGCGAGUAGAGAUCGCAAAUGAUAAGUAGAGAUGUAUAUCGGUGAUUACAUAGUUGGGUACGUAAUUACUAUCUUAUUAUCGAUCAUCGCUGAAAUCUAGAAAGAUGAAGCUUUGGGGAUCAAGGCCUACUACCGAUUUCUUGCCUUUGACACAAUGAUGGUAUUUGAGAGUUAUGGACUGUGUUUAUAUUACUCACGAGAGGACUAACGAGGGAAGUUGCUCA